CUCACCAGCCCAGGGAGCGGUCGGACAUCUUGAUGGGGAUGAUCCGCUGCUGAGAGACCGCAGUGCGAGCAGAGCGCCUGCCGCAAAAACAGCACUACAGCCGCCUAAUUACACACCGUGCGCCCCCCAGGGCACAGCCGGGCAUCUGCUGUUUCCCCCACCAUGGCCAGUGAACACUAAGGAGAAACCGCCACCAUGAUCGGAGGACUUUUCAUCUACAACCACAAGGGCGAGGUGCUGAUCUCCCGAGUCUACCGCGAUGACAUCGGGAGAAACGCAGUGGACGCGUUCCGGGUGAACGUGAUCCACGCCCGGCAGCAGGUUCGCUCGCCCGUCACCAACAUUGCCCGCACCAGCUUCUUCCACGUCAAACGCUCCAACAUCUGGCUGGCUGCCGUCACCAAGCAGAAUGUCAACGCAGCCAUGGUGUUCGAGUUCCUCUACAAGAUGUGCGACGUUAUGACCGCUUACUUCGGCAAGAUCAGCGAGGAGAACAUCAAGAACAACUUCGUGCUGAUCUACGAGCUGCUGGACGAGAUCCUGGACUUCGGCUACCCCCAGAACUCUGAGACCGGUGCCCUAAAGACCUUCAUCACUCAGCAGGGUAUCAAGAGCCAGCAUCAUACAAAAGAAGAGCAGUCCCAGAUCACUAGUCAGGUAACUGGGCAGAUUGGCUGGAGGCGUGAGGGCAUCAAGUACCGCAGGAAUGAGCUCUUCCUGGACGUUCUGGAGAGUGUGAACUUGCUGAUGUCUCCACAGGGUCAGGUGCUGAGCGCUCACGUCUCGGGCCGUGUGGUUAUGAAGAGUUACCUGAGCGGAAUGCCUGAGUGCAAAUUUGGCAUGAACGACAAGAUCGUCAUAGAUAAGCAGGGUAAAGGAGGCACCACGGACGACGCCGGCAAGAGUGAGUUGGGAGGCAGUAGUGGGAAACAGUCUAUAGCCAUUGAUGACUGCACCUUCCACCAGUGUGUACGACUCAGCAAGUUCGACUCAGAGCGCAGUAUUAGCUUCAUCCCACCGGACGGAGAGUACGAGCUUAUGAGGUACCGCACCACUAAGGACAUUAUUUUGCCGUUCCGUGUAAUCCCACUGGUCAGAGAGGUGGGCCGCACCAAGCUGGAGGUGAAGGUGGUCAUCAAGUCCAACUUCAAGCCCUCGCUGCUGGCACAGAAGAUUGAGGUGCGCAUCCCCACCCCUCUCAACACCAGUGGUGUGCAGGUGAUCUGUAUGAAGGGAAAGGCGAAGUACAAGGCCAGUGAGAACGCCAUCGUGUGGAAGAUAAAGCGAAUGGCAGGAAUGAAGGAGUCUCAGAUCAGUGCGGAGAUUGAGCUGCUACCCACCAACGACAAGAAGAAGUGGGCACGUCCCCCCAUUUCCAUGAACUUUGAGGUUCCCUUCGCUCCGUCCGGCCUCAAAGUGCGCUACCUGAAAGUGUUCGAGCCAAAACUGAACUACAGCGAUCACGACGUGAUUAAAUGGGUUCGCUACAUCGGCCGCAGCGGCAUCUACGAAACCCGCUGCUAACGGCCGACCCUGCGAGGAGAGGGAGGGGAUUACCUGGAAUAGAGAGAUGGAAGGCUGGAGGAGUGAUGCUUCCUCCUCAUCCUCUCUUCUGUCCUCCUCUCCUCUGCUUCCUGUAGGCCUCCAUUCACACUAAAAACGCACAUCCCAACAUACAAUGAGAAACACAAGCUAAAAGAAAUUAAAUCGUUCGAAUUUCAAAGCCAGAUUAAUGCGUAUAAAUGCAGAAAUUGUCCUGUGGAGAGUUUAAACAUGGUUUUAUGGGUUAUAACAAAGAAUAUCUGCCCCUUCUUUAUAUACGUAAUGAAUUACCUGCUAUAAGACGAGGCCCCUUUUCCAUUAGCCCGCUGAUUCUUCUUCUUCUUCAUCUUCUGAUUCAACCAAAUACAUUCCUGACCCCCUACUGACUGCUGGAAAAUAUAGAGGGGGCACAUUCAUCCUAAUUAAGUGAUUAUCUGUAAACCUGGCCUCAUCAGUGUUCAUAUGGCUUUAAUUUCUUUAUUUUCCUCUUUCUCACCAGGUUUCUCAUUUAUACUCAAGUGUGUGUUCGUAUGUACGUCUGUAUGUGAGUAUGUUGGUGUGUGUGUGGUCAAGAUAUUUGAAUACCAACAAAUACUACAACCCAUUUUUUCCUCCCUUUUCAUUUAAACACAUUAGGCUUUUUUUUUUUCUUUCCUCCCCUUCUUAAACUUAACACUACCACCCCCAAGUGUGACAGUUCUGGGUGUAGUCAAUGUAGUCUGUAAGCAGUGUUUUUUUGUGUAGCUGUUAAGAUUACAAAGCUCUUACCCCCCAACUUGCACCACUUAAAUACUUUAUUUCCUUCUCUGUCGCUGUAUUUUUUGCCUCGAGUAAUAUUUUUGUUAAAGGCUAAUGAGAAAAAGUUGUCCGUUCAAGUUUAUCGUUGUGAUCAAAUUGUUUUUUUUUUCUCAGAAAAUGAGAAAAAUAAGAACUUAAAGCAACAAAGUCUACUAACACUAGAAUAAUUCCAGCUGUGUUUGUACGUGUGUAUGUGUAUACGUAUUAUAUACACCAUAAAACAAGAGGUAAGAAUGAACUGCCAGACUGA